AUUUAUCAAUGACCGCUCGAGAAAAGAAAGGAGUGGGGAACCCCGACGGACGACAUAACAAUACCAGUUUCGACCACAGCCCACGGAGGACUCGUUCUUCUCUUUUCCGUCUCGAUUUCCACAACAGUUUUCAGCCGCGUUUUUUCCGUCCAGGGCCGGCCUCGACUUUUAUCAAGCCCCAUCAACGGACUUCGAGUGCGUCUGCGAUCCCCUUGAGAUCUUCAGGUGAAUUCUGCUCCAGGACCAGCGGCCGAAUGCGGUGAAAGUGUGUGCGCAUUCGAAUCACCAGAGGCUUUCUUUCGGAUUACAAUAAUAUUCGUUUAUUAUGAUGACGAAUGCCGCUUUCCCCGACGGCCUCGUACAGAGAUGGACGGAAAACAUGCCACUCGAAAAAGAAAAUGGAUGUGAACUUGCCUAGUUUCAGAGGAGAUAGCGUGUUGUGAAAUAGGUGUCUGGUGGUAAAGAUGGCGAUGAAUCUCAUGCUGGCUUGUUUUUGUGUCUGUGUCCCGUACGUCUUCUCGUGGGUGCAAAACCUGGAUCCUCGAAUGUACACGACUUACAAUGAAAACCAAAUCCACAAGUUCAAAGGGAAUGACAGUUUCACAGACUUUUUCAAGUUGCUUGAAACGGAUUAUCACAGUGUUUUAAUUGGCUCAAGAAAUGCUGUGUAUAACAUCAGUAUUGAAAACCUCUUAGAAAAUACUAAGCAGAGGAUAGUAUGGAAUCCUACAGGUGCCCACAGGGAACUGUGCUACCUAAAAGGCAAAACUGAAGAAGACUGCCAAAAUUAUAUCCGAGUAGGAGCCAAAUUAGAUGAAGAUCACUUUUUAAUAUGUGGUACAAAUGCUUACAAACCUUUGUGCAGGCAUUAUAAAUUAAGUGAGAAUGUUAUGAAAGUUGUCAACGAGAGCGAAGGUCAUGGCUGGUGUCCGUACGAUCCCAAUCAUAACAGCACUGCCCUUUAUACAGACGGACACGUUUACACUGCUACUGUAGUAGAUUUUGGAGGAGUUGAAUCUUUUAUAUAUAGGGAUCCUUUGUCUACAGAGAGAUCAGAUCUAAAGCAGCUCAAUGAUGCGAGCUUUGUAAGCUCCAUGAGCUACCAAGAUUAUGUAUUUUUCUUCUUCCGAGAAGCUGCUGUCGAAUAUAUUAACUGUGGAAAGGUAAUUUAUUCACGAGUGGGAAGGGUAUGCAAAAAAGACAAAGGUGCACCCCAUCUUUUUGGUAAUAGGUGGACCUCCUUUACCAAAGCAAGACUGAACUGCUCAAUCCCAGGAGAUUAUCCAUUUUAUUUCAAUGAAAUACAAUCUACAAGUGACAUCAUCGAAGGGGUUUAUGGGUCGAAACAAGUUAAACUUAUUUACGGCGUAUUCACGACUCCAAUAAAUUCUAUCGGCGGGUCUGCGAUUUGUGCAUUUUCUGUAGAUUCGAUCAUGGAGACGUUCAACGGCCCUUUCAAGGAGCAGGAAAGCAUGAACUCGAAUUGGCUCCGUGUAUCUCCAUCACGGGUACCUGUACCAAGGCCUGGCCAGUGUGUCAAUGACAGCAGGACGCUGCCUGAUGUUUCCGUCAACUUUGUAAAAACUCAUCCUUUGAUGGAUCAAGCAGUCCCUUCAUUUGCCGAACCGCUUCUAGUAAGAAUUAGUUUAAGAAAUCGUUUUACCGCUAUAACGGUCGACCCGCAGGUUAAAACAAUAACUGGAGAACCAAUGGAUGUUCUUUAUAUUGGGACUGAUGAUGGUAAAAUCAUAAAAGCAGUCAAUUACAUUAAAAAGAGCAAACCGGAAGAAAGCAAAGCUUUCUUUACAGAAGAAAUACAAAUAAAUGGAAUUAAUUCUGCCAUCAAAUCACUUUCAAUCACAAGGGUUCCAGACAAGCCUCCUAAACUUCUGAUAAUAACUAAUGAUGUUGUCCAUACAAUUCCAUUGUAUAGAUGUACAAACAUAAAUUCAUGCAGAGAAUGUGUGGCGAUUCAGGACCCAUACUGUGCUUGGGACUCUCUAUCAAAUUCUUGCGUAGCCCAUGGAGAAUUUGCUGGAAACAAGAAGAAUUUCUUACAGAAUAUCGAAAGGGGAUCUCAUAUUUCUUGUCAACCACCGGGCCAAGUGAAAACUGGUAUAGCAGCAAGCCCUGCAGAGAAAGAGGUUACUGAGGAAGGAAGGAAUAUUGAUUUAUUCAAUUGCCCGAAGUGCUCUAUUUGUAAUCCAAGUCCCUGUGCUGGAGAAAAUGGCAUCGGAGGACAAGAAAAGAUAGUCAUAUACACAGCUGACACAUUAGGAAUGGUCGUAACUACUUCUGUACUGGCAACUCUGGUUAUCGGAUUUGUUGCUGGAUAUUUCUGUUCCCGUCAUUUUCGUCCAGACAACGCUUAUACGAAUAUGCCCCUUCACCAACAUAACAGCAAUAUGAAUGGAGAAGGCGCAUCGUAUUUAUCACCGUGUGUGAACAACAAGUCGAUAAACCUGCUUGUGAAUGUCCCUCCAAAAAAUGCCAAUGACAAGAUUGCCAACACAACUUCCGAUAAUAAUAAAACGUUGCAAAAAGUUAAAAAAACUUAUAUAUAGAAUUAUUAUUGAUCUUUGAAGCAUAUUAAAAGUGCGAACGAUGUGUUUCAUGCACAUGUAGGUCGGCAUAAGAAAACGUGAACUAGGUUUAUUUGAAACUUUACAUGUUUUCUACAUCAUUCCCUAUUUAAAAUCUGACAAUACAGAACCACCACCUGUUAUUUAUUGUUAUACUGUUAAAUUUUAAUGAAGAAAUCAAAUGAAAUAUCUUGUGAUAUAUUAUUUAUAUCAGCAUGGCUGGUUCCCAUGUCUCUGCUGUUUUGUUACAACCUAAGUGUUGUAAAAAAGUUUUUUAAAUUUUUUAAAUCAUUUAAAUCUUAUUGUUACAACAUUAUAUAUAGAUAAAUUUAAUUAUAAUUAUCACGAUGAAAGUAAAAUGGGAAAGUUUAUAAUAGGAAUUGAAAAUUUAUAAUCGUUGACUAUAUGACCAGGAACUAUCUUUUUUUUAUCGUUUUUAUUUUUGUUUUAAAAUGUGUCUUCAUUGUUUUAGGGAAAAGAAAAAACAUUUUAAAAUGAAAUCUCUUUUCUGGUUAUUUAAUUCAUAAAAUUCAUAGGUCGAGACAUAUUUGACAAAGGAAUUUGGUCGGAUGUGUGCUGAAAUGAAAACUUAAUUAAUAGAUUUUUUCUAUAAGUAAAAUAAUUUUUCAAAAAUCCUGCUAAUAGAUACUCUUAAAUGUCUACCAUAAAGGGUCUCUUAAUGUAAAUAUGUCGAAAAUGUAAAUGAUUUUAGAUGAAAUUGUAUAUAAUUUUACAAACUUUCACAUUCUUUCAUGUUAAAAAAUAAAUAAAUAAAAACAAAAGGAAAUGUAAAAUAAUCUUGUAAAUUGUAUAUUUUGUUUAUUUUAGAUUUAUAUAUUCCAAAGGAGUUUGCCAAGGUAAAGUUUGUUUUACAUAUUCUUUGAAAAUUUAUUUUUUAAAACUUGACUGUGAUCUAAGAGAUAAUUUUCAGUGUAAUCUUUAAUUAAGGAAGUAAUGUAAAUACUCAAUGUGAUUAACAAGCCAUGACAUUAAAGUCAAAAAUUUUGGUCACAUCCAUUUUAAUUUACAGUACAGUGUUUACAAAAAAAAAAAAAAAUCAUUGUUGUUAAAUAGAACUGAGAUCUCGUUUAUUUUUGUAAAAAUAUAAAUUUAUAUUGUCACAUAAAUACUUCAAUAUUGUAAUCUUAGUUGUUUGUAAUUUGACGCAUAAUUAUUAUUGCUCAUUAAGUACUAAAAAUUGCAUUAAAAUCUUUAGAAUCUUUGAAGAUAUUUUAGUUUCUAUAAUAGAUGAAAUUAAAUAAUAUAUAAACAAAGCCUUGCUCAUUUUCAGAUGUAUAUCUAAUAAAGUAUACUAUAUUUGUGUAUAUUUGUUUUUAGUAAAAAUAGAUUCUUUUUUAGGGCUUGUGUAUUAUUUUUAUUACAGAGUUCCAGUUGUAUUCAUACUAUUUAAAAACGAUAAAGAUGUUUUAUGUUUUUUUACGCAAUGUUGCAGAUAGGAAUGUAUAGUUGUUAGUUUUUUUAAACAGUAGGCUUUAAGAAAUCACUAAAGUGGAUUAAAGAGUGUAAGUAA